AGUAAAUCAAAGAACAUUAAUUCCGUCAAAGUGCACGCAAAUUUUUCCUAUUUUUUCGUUUACAACAGAAAUUUAGAUUUAGUUAAAACAUUUCGCAAAAUAAUAACACGCAAACAGAAAACAGAAUAGUAAAAAAACGAAAACGCGGAAAUAAAUGCAAAUUCCCAAGUAAAGCCAAUUCAGGGUCGAGUGCGACGUAAACUGUGAUAAGUACACCGAAUCGAAUCCGUGCAUUAUUAGCAGCUGCAGUCGGCAGCAGGAAAAAAGUGAACGUAAUUCACGGAUGGGCCAUGCAGCCGUGGCCGGGACAACUUCAAGAGCAGUCAAAUUAUACGAGAAAGCGAGUUUAUCGGAAACUAAUUUUUUGUGUGAACUAAAAAUUUGGCACGUUUCUCGGUCUUCUUUCAUAUUUGAAGUGAUUUUUCGUUUGCAUUGGAAGUAAGCGGCGGUCAGGUGAAGUUGCGUCACUGCCGGUUUUCGUGCUGACUCAAGUAACUUAGACAGAAAUUUGGUGCAUAGUCUUACGUGUUUGCAGUUCAGUUCAGUUCACGCCUUAAAUCGGAAUUAUUCUUCCUCAAGAAAUGUCUACAACGCUAGAAGGAACGCUUAGUAAAUGGACAAAUGUCAUGAAAGGUUGGCAAUAUCGCUUCUUCGUGCUCGACGAAAAUGCUGGUUUAUUGUCCUACUAUACGUCGAAGGAGAAAAUGAUGAAGGGUGUGCGUCGCGGUUGUGUUCGGCUCAAGGAUGCUGUAAUCGGCAUAGAUGAUCAAGAGGACAACACCUUUACCAUAACAGUGGAUCACAAAACAUUUCAUUUUCAGGCGCAACACAGCGAAGAGCGCGAAAAGUGGGUUAGACGACUUGAGGACACCAUACGACGGCAUGCGAACCGCACUCGUCUGUGGGACAAUCAAAGCACUUUCUACCUUGGCGGAUAUCAAAAGGAUGUGAUAGGCAACAAACGUGCCAACCACUUGGAAUUACUCAGCCGACGUGUAUCGGAAGCGGACGCGUAUUUGCAGUUAAUCAUCGAGCAGACGAAUAAAAUUGACAAGCGCAUUGAGGACGUAACGGAUGCUGAUGAAAAGGCCAAGUGCAAACCGCUGCAGGACAACGCCAGUGCCAUGUUGGAUCAUAUUAAACACUCUAUUGUAAGUCUACAAAUUGCCAAAAAUAUGGCACAUCCAAUCAAUGGUAUAUACAAUGGCCCGGUAACUGCGAGCACCGGCAUCAACAGUGUCACCGCCAGUCCAACGAGCGCAAAUACUGUAGUAACAACUUCUGGGGGUACUUCAUUAACAGGCAAGGCGCCACUCGCCUGCGCCAUGGAUCUGGGGACGGACGCAAAACUUGAUGUGAGUGCUGGGGAAGAGGAGGAGGAUUCCACCACUGAAAAUGGCAUAUUGCCGCAAACAGUGCCACGCGCUAUCAAUGAUGCACAACAGCAACAUCAAUUAUACGUAUUUGAACAGCAACAACAACAACAACUGCAACAACGCUUCCGUUAUCAACAUAAAUACCAACACAUCGGCAUGCCUAGUCCCACCGCCACCAGCAUUGAUAUCGUUGAUAUAAUCGCCGAUGGCAUUGAAUAUGGCACUGCAGCCGAAAUAGCCAUUGGCGCGGUUGGUGCGACAACAGCUCCACUGGCUGUAGAUGUGCCUGAAACCUCGUAUUCCAGCAGUGAAGAUGAGGAGGAUUUCUAUGAUGCGAAUGACGAUCCUUUCACUAGUAUGGGAAAUUCACCAAGCUAUGCCACACGUGGCUUAUCGCCAACAUAUGAAAAUGCACCGGACACACUUCCGCCGAAAGGCAGCGCAUCGGUGGACAUCAGUGCAAAGUCAUCCAUUGUCGAUAGACUGGAUGAUUACCAGACGGCGCUUACCACUGUUUCGGAGAGUUUACCCUCCAUUUCGCCCACAAGCGCUGCAGCGUCCGCGCCGCGACUAAGUGGUGACAAAACAUUCCAGAAUUAUGGUGAUGAUGGCUCCAUCGAUUAUGAUGCACUCUACGAGGAAGAGGAAGACUCUACGAUUAGUAUGGAAGCGCAUGGUUCGAUGAUUUCUCACCUGAUAUCCCAAGUGAAAAUCGGUAUGGACUUGACGAAGGUCGUAUUGCCCACAUUCAUUUUGGAGAGACGUUCAUUGCUGGAGAUGUACGCAGAUUACUUUGCUCAUCCGGACCUUUUUCUACGAAUUGCGGAGAUGGAGACGCCUCGGGAUCGCAUCGUUGAGACUUGCCGCUGGUAUCUGAGUGCCUAUCACGCUGGUCGAAAGAGCGCUGUGGCCAAAAAACCUUACAAUCCCAUAUUGGGCGAAGUAUUUCAGUGUUAUUGGAAUAUACCAGGCGAAGAAUCAGACGAGAAUGCGGUGAGUGACGGACCGGUGCCUUGGUGUCAUCGAAAUCAACUGACAUUCUUGGCCGAACAGGUUUCGCAUCAUCCGCCAAUUUCCGCCUUCUACGCUGAGCAUGUCAAUAAGAAAAUCACGUUUUCCGCGCACGUUUGGACCAAAUCGAAAUUUCUUGGCCUGUCUAUAGGUGUACACAACAUCGGCGAAGGUAUUGUGACACUGGUAGACCACAGCGAGGAGUAUAUUGUAACGUUUCCAAAUGGAUAUGGCAGAUCUAUUUUAACCGUCCCUUGGAUUGAAUUGGGAGGCACAGUAGAAAUACGCUGCCCGCAGACAGGCUAUCACGCCACAAUUGAGUUCUUAACAAAACCAUUUUACGGUGGCAAGCGCAACAAAGUGACGGCAGAGAUUUAUGCACCUAAUGAAAAGAAGCCAUUUGUGUCAAUAGCUGGGGAGUGGAGCGGCCUCAUGGAAGCUAAAUGGCAUGAUAAGAAUAAAACUGAAGUAUUCGUAGACGUAAAUCGUAUUCCAAUAUUUAAGAAACAAGUUCGACCAAUCGUUGAACAAGAAGAAUAUGAAUCCAGGCGUGUGUGGAAGGAAGUGACAGCGGGACUCAAAUUCAAUGACAUCGAGAAAGCCACAAAUGCCAAGUGUGCAGUGGAACAAAUUCAACGUGACCAGGCGAAGAACCGAAAGGAGACAGACACGCAGUGGGAGCACAAGUAUUUCCGGCCGGUUGGUGAAAACUGGAUCUACACAAAGCCACUUAGCCAGCGCGUGUAUCAGCAAGAGAAGGAAAGUAAAAGAUAAUAAAGAAAUUUCGCCAAUCAACCAGAAGGCACCGAAGCAGCGACGACAAAUGGAGAGAAGGUGGAAGAAGAAGAGCAUGAAUCCAAGUAAAAUAGUAAAGUGGUGUAAACGUAUAGUGGGCGGAGAGUAUAAAGAUGUAGCUGGAUCAAACAAAUAAACAUACAAACAUACUUUCAUAUCAAAGAACGUUAAACGCAGAGCUGCAAAUGCUUCUAAGAUAAGGGCAAAGCACAGAGGAUGGAACGCACUCACGAGGCUGUCAAGUAUACGACGGGUGAUGGCUAAUGGUGGUAAUAGGUAUGUAAUGUCAAAAUGCUUUCGGUUGCACGCGAUGCAACGCAAAUGUAAUGGACAACGAACAAACUUGGAUACGCCGUUAAAUAGACAAAUAAAUGCUGAAUGAUGCACGAAGCUGCAAGGCACGCUCUCAACACCCCUUCACACUAAGUACUUUUGGGCAGUAUUCUAACAAAGUAGGCAAUGUUGACUACGCCUCCUCCUCCUCUUCACCUUGGGUCAACUCUUAACUGAAUGCGUAUGCAUGUAUGUGCACCAGAUUUGUGGAUGUAUACGAGCGUGUGCGAAAUGGUUGUGUGGAUGUCGGAAGAGCUAAAAAGGCGCAGUUUAAAUAUGUGAAUCUGUAGAUGUUAAGCCAAUGUUGCCGGAACAUAUAAAAAAAUCGUAUUAAAUAAGAAUAAUGAAACUCAACAAUUUUACAAUUACUUUAUCGAAGAAACAAACAAACUGAUAGCUAACCCCAAUUUAAGAAAUCACUCUAAGGCACAUUUUAAGUGAAAUUGUAAAAAUGGACAAACAAUAAAAAUCGAAUGCAAUAAAGCAGAAACGUACAUACGCAUAAGUGCAUAUAUACAUUUAUUGAAAGUGGAAAGAGAAAAUGAAAUGAAAUAAUUACAUAUGUAUAAGAAGAAUGCAGUAGGCAAGCAUGACUUGUUCUAGUUCAUAUCGGCGCUAGUAAUAUAACGAAAUUACCAACAAACAAAAGUUAAUAAUAAAGUAAUGGAAGAAUAAAAUAAUUAAUAAAUAGAAUAGAAAGAGGUUUAAAAGCUAUAGAAUAUGGCAAGAGUGCUUGUAGACUACUCAACAUAUAUGUAUAGACGUAGAUAUAUAUAGUAAUUCUAUUUUUCAUAUGCGAGUCAAAAAAUGAGCGACAGCAAUCGAAACGGAGCGCUUACUUUUCACUUGGUUUUCUCUAAAACUAGUCUAGGAUAAAACACAAAAACAGAUUACAAAAAACCAAACAGAUUACGUAAGACAAUGGGUAAAUUUAGCGCAACACCAAAGUCUUGACAUUUUCUCUGUUCCCAAGCUAAUAUUUUCUUAGUAUUUUUUCAAUAACAAAAUUUUCAUUACCAAAAUUAUGGCCACAAAGAAAGCUUUGAAUGCAAAUCAAAAACAAGAACUAAAUACGUAUUUAACAAAACUUAUUCACUUGCAACAAAUAUGAAAUGGUUUUCAGCUAAACUACCGAAAUUAACAAAUGAACUCAUCCCUCACACGCUUAGAGCUGCUAAAAACUUUAAUUCCUAAGUGUUGAAUACAGUUACUCAGAAACUUUCUGCUGCCUGCACCACCAAAUAAUCAAUUAAAUAUGAUAGCUUUAAAGAACUAUAUUUUUAAACACUCGCGAAAAUUUAUUGUUUUAUCCGCCUAGCAAUCGCUGGAUAAAAAAACUAUAAUUUCUUUAAAUUUGCUCCUCUAAAAAUUUUAAAAACUAAAUUUACACACAUUUUCUGUCCCGAAAUCAGAGCACGAAAACCAAAAAGACGUGGCAUAGUAUAAAAGAUAACUUCACAACCGUCGAGGUCUCACUGCAACAACAAUAUAAUGCAUUCUCUAACAAAUGUUGCUUAAUUCAGAUUUUCACACCCACUCAUUUGCAAUAAAAAAAACAAUCACUAAUCGUAAAUUAUUUCGAAAAUAUAUAAACGUCAUCAUGAAAUUACACAAACCUAUUUAUAUAAUAUAGAUGCAUAAAUAUAUUCUAAGAAUAUCCACAAAGUUAACAAAAACCAGAAAAAUACAAAAAUAAAAAAUUAAAGGUACGUAAACUUGAAAACACCAGUAAAAAUUAUAAUUCGCAAACGACUUGCAAACUGAAAUGGUACCAUAUAUCUAAAAUAAUGACGAUUGCAAUCACUAUUAACGUUUGCACUUAGCAUAUGAAUAAAAAGUUUAAGACACAAUCCAAGUCCCUUAUUCCGACGCAACUAAAAACCCACACAAAGACAAAAACAACCUACUCAAUAGCUCACUAAAGCUGCAGCAGUCUACCAUUUUUACAAAUAACUCUUUUUUUUUUUUU